AUGAACAUGAUGAACGCAGAGCAGAGCCGCAGCACUGUCGUUUCCAGGGUCAAAGCACUUGAGGGUCAGACAAAUACAGAAAGCUUGGGACUGCCCAAGAAGCCAGAGAUCGUGCCCCGCACAGUCCCGCCAAGACCUGCCGUUUCCUCAGGGAAACCCUCGCUGGCUCCCAAACCUACAGCCAACAGGGCUUCCGGAGAAUGGGACUCCUGGACCGCAAGCAGACUCAGGGGGGCCCCCACCCCUCACUCUCCGCCGAAGGAAGCAGGGAGCAGCCCCGUCACCAAACCCGAAUUGCCAAAGAAACCAAAUCCUGGCCUUAUCCGGAGCACUAACCUGGAGAGUCUGGGAGGGCGGCCCGCGGCUGAAAGUCCCGACGGUGGGAAGAAAGCGCCGACUCCCGCUCCCCGGCCUUUACUGCCCAGGAAAUCAGUGUCCUCGGAAAGCACCCUCUGCUCUGCGGCUUUGCUGAAACCAGUCCCAGUGCCUCCCCGGCUCUCGGUGGCGUCACAAGCCAAAGCCUUCAGGUCACUGGGGGAAGGCCCCCCAGCCAGCCCCGCGGUCCCUGCGCAGCAGAGCCAGCCUCCGGGGGACGUAGACCUCAUCAGCUUCGACGACGAUGUUUUACCCGCACCGUCUGGGAGCCUGGCUGAGGACUCUGCUGGUCCAGACAUGGUUCUGGAUCCUUUUCAGCUCCCCACCAGAACAGAACCAACAAAGGAACAAGCAAUUCAACCAGCACCCACCAGGAAGCCCACUGUGAUUCGAAUUCCAGCCAAACCAGGAAAAUGUUUACAUGAAGAGGAUCCACAAAGCCCACCUCCUCUCCCUACUGAAAAACCUAUUGGAAACACCUUUAGCACAGUAUCUGGAAAGCUUGGUAAUGUUGACAGAACUAGAAACUUGGAAUCUGACAUUGCUGGUCAAUCAGGAGGUUUUGUGCGAGGACCCCCAAGGUUGCCACCCAGGCCUAUAAAUGGAAAAGUCAUACCAGCUCGACAGCCUCCUCCCAAGGGGGCCCCUGAGAGACCACCUCCCCCUAAACUUCCAGCAACCAGAACAUCAAAUAAAAAGCUGCCUUUUAAUCGGUCUUCUUCUGACAUGGAUCUUCAGAAAAAAACAAGUAACUUGGCACCUGGACUCUCAAAAGCCAAGAGUCAAGUCUUUAAAAAUCAAGAUCCAGUACUGCCCCCGCGUCCCAAACCAGGACACCCUCUCUACAGGAAGUACAUGAUGUCUGUGCCUCAUGGAAUUGCCAAUGAAGAUGUCAUCCCACAAAACCCUGGAGAACUUUCUUGUAAGCGUGGGGACGUCCUGGUGAUACUGAAGCAGGCAGAAGGUAAUUACUUGGAGUGCCGGAAGGGAGAUGAUGCCGGCAGAGUUCACCUGUCUCAGAUGAAGAUCAUCACGCCACUUGACGAACAUCUUAGCAGCAGACCAAACGAUCCGAGCUGCCCUCAGAAGCCUAUUGACACUGGUGCCCCCCACGCUGUCGUCCUUCAUGAUUUCCCAGCAGAGCAAGCUGAUGAUUUGAGCCUCACUUCUGGAGAAAUUGUUCAUCUUCUGGAAAAAAUAGAUACAGAUUGGUACAGAGGGAAAUGUAGAAACCAGACUGGUGUAUUUCCGGCCAACUACGUCAAAGUGAUUAUUGAUGUUCCAGGAGGAAAUGGGAAAAGGGAAUCCAUCUCAUCUCAUUGUGUUAAAGGCCCAAGGUGUAUUGCUCGAUUUGAGUAUAUUGGAGACCAGAAGGACGAGUUAAGUUUCUCAGAGGGAGAAAUUAUUAUUCUUAAAGAGUAUGUGAAUGAUGAGUGGGCGAGAGGAGAACUUGGAGACAGAUCUGGGAUCUUCCCCCUUAACUUUGUGGAACUCAUUGAGGAUCAUCCCACCUCUGGUACAAAUGUUUUAAGCACAAAGGUACCACCAAAGACCAAAAAAGAAGAUUCUGGUGCAAAGUCUCAGGAGGACAAUCUUUGUGGAGAAUGGUGCGAAGCUCUGCACAGUUUCAUGGCAGAGACCAGUGAGGACUUGUCCUUCAAGAGGGGAGACCGGAUCCUGAUCCUGGAGCGAGUGGACUCGGACUGGUGCAAGGGCAGGCUGCGGGACCGAGAGGGCAUCUUCCCCGCCGUCUUCGUGCGGCCCUGCCCAGCUGAGGCAAAAGGCAUGGCUGCUUUAUCACUGAAGGGGAGGAAGGCCAAAGCCUUGUAUGAUUUCCAUGGGGAGAAUGAAGAUGAGCUUUCCUUCAAGGCUGGAGACAUAAUAACAGAGCUGGAAUCUGUCGAUGAUGACUGGAUGAGUGGAGAACUGAUGGGAAAAUCUGGAAUAUUUCCCAAAACGUACAUUCAGUUUUUACAAGUUAGCUAA